UGACUAUGUGAAAGUCAAUAUUUGACGUUUCAUUUGUCAAAAUUCAUGUAUUAUGGAAAAAUCACAACAAAUCAGAAUAAUUCCAUAUUUUUCCAUUAAAGACGAUGUCCUCCAUAAAAUCUAUUUGGAAAUGUAUGUUCUCGCCGAAAUUAUAUCAAAUAUAUGGAAAUGGUCCUGCUGAGAGAAUCUAUGAGCCACUACCAUUGGAGAGAUGGGGAGACUGUGUCAUUAAUUCUAUCUACACCAUAUGGAAGUUCGGAUUGUACACCAGCCCCUUCUGGGGCAUAAUCCUCUACAACAAGGGCUACUUGGAACCGCAAGGCCUGGCUCUGAUUAUGAAAUUCGCUGCCGGGAUGGGAGUGAUUUUAAUAGUGUCUAUUUGCUUUAAAGGCAUUGGUAGAGCACAGAACACUACUUAUCAAAGGUUUCUGGAGGUGCUUGAGAGGGCAGAAGAAAAUGUCACUGUAACCAAACCAGAAUUGAUGAGGUACGAUUUUGAAUUCAAGAGUUGGCCCGUGGAGUACGAUUUGAGCAGACAAAGGAGUCCCAUCUCAAGAUCAACUGCUAGAAGAUCUCAAAACAAUGUUGAGUAUUUAAUGUCCUUGCCAUUCAGGAUGAUUGCAUAUUUGGCUAUUCACACAUUUGGUAUUAGAUUAAUUUAUCCAGGAAGCGUUGGUAUUUUACAAACAAUAUUAGAUAGUAGCUUGCUUCAAGGCAGAUCUCGUUUAGUUCAACUAUACAAGGGGGAAAGAUUCAAAAUAAAAACUACAGACGAAAAUGAUAUUGACACAAUGUUUCUUGAUAGAAGAAAGUCAAAGGGGUGCGGUGAAAUUUUGGUAAUUUGUUGUGAAGGUAAUGCAGGGUUUUACGAAAUUGGUACUAUGAUUACGCCUAUUGCAGCUGGAUAUUCUGUUUUGGGCUGGAAUCAUCCUGGAUUUGGAGGAAGCACAGGUAUGCCCUAUCCUUCUCAAGAACAAAACGCUGUAGAUGCAGUUAUGCAAUUUGCAAUGGAUAAACUCAAUUUUAAAAUGGAAAAUAUUAUUUUCUUUGGUUGGAGUAUUGGAGGUUAUACGUCGUCGUGGGCUGCAAUGGCUUAUCCAGCUAUCAAAGGGGUUGUAAUUGAUGCUACUUUUGACGAUAUAAUGCCUUUGGCUAUUAAUCAUAUGCCCGGAUGGUGGGAGCCUAUAGUAAAGUUAGCCAUAAGAGAACACGUUAAUUUAGAUGUUUACGAGCAACUUGUUAAAUUCAAUGGGCCUAUAUUGUUGAUAAGACGUUCUGAGGAUGAGGUUAUUUGCAUUAAAGAUGGGAAUUUGUCUUCAAAUAGGGGCAAUGAUUUGUUGAUUAAAAUUUUGACUAAAAGAUAUCCUUGUAUUUUUGGUGGACCUCAAUUGGCGAUUUUGAAUGAUUAUUUGGCAGUUACUGGUAUAGAACAAGAAAGGGUAAUUGAAAAAUACAAUGUAGAUCCUAGUGUAUGUCUCUCACUGAUUCAAUCUUACAUUUCUGAACAUUCGAAAUCUUUUCCCAUGAAAAUUGGUGAAGAAUUUGAUUUUAAUGAAAAAAAUCAGAUGGCCCUUUUUCUGGCUACAAAAUACAUGAAGGAUUUCAAAGCUACCCAUUGCGUUCCUUUACCACAGGACAUGUUUACUGUCCCUUGGGAUGUAAAUGUAGAAUCUGAUUUCGUAUUUACUUAGGCCAAUAAAUCAGAUUUAAGAAAACUUAUUUAUUUUUCAUGUUAUUGUAUAGUUCUAUUGGAUUAAGGUGAUAACUAAAUUAAUUUAUACAAAUAUGCUUUAUUUUAUUUUAGUAUACUUACAAAUUGUUUCAUACAGUUAGUGUUGAAAAAAAAUGCCAUAUCAAAUUGAAGUAUUUCUUAUUAUGGUUGAGGUGGUCGAAAUUGUGCAAAACUGAGUCUUAUAUGUAAAUAGAUGGCAAUUAAAAUGUCUUAUCAAUG